GCAUUUUAAACGCUCAUAGAAUGUCAUGGUGAAUUGGUCACGAAUACGAUUUGUUUAUUGUUAUUAAAAGUAAAGGCAAUAAAAUCUUAUGAAACGAAACAAAACUAAGUGAAAAUGUGGGGACCACGUUCCACAAUCGUAAUACCAUUAUUUCUAUUAAUUAUACCAACAAUUCUAUCAGAAGCUGACCCAUAUGCCAACGAAAAGUAUCGACCACUUGGUCCCCUGGUGAAAUGUAACUUUUUACCGCUAGAAUUCUUGGAAUGUGAUGAACCAAUCGACCACAAAGGGAAUCAUACUGCGAGGGAAGCUGUUGGGCACGGCUGCGUGAAGUUUGGUGGAGUUAGAUAUGACCAGGUUGAGAAAACCAAAGUGCAAUGUAAAGCUUUAGAUGGGAUUGAGUGUCACGGGAGCAGAAGUUUUCUAAGAGACGGUUUUCCUUGUGUCCGGUACUCAGGACACUACUUCACCACUACGUUAAUCUAUAGUAUACUUUUAGGGUUUUUAGGUAUGGACAGAUUUUGCCUCGGGCAGACUGGGACAGCUGUGGGCAAACUCCUCACACUAGGAGGCCUAGGCAUUUGGUGGAUAGUCGAUGUAGUAUUACUAAUUACAAAUAGCUUGCAUCCUGAAGAUGGAAGUAACUGGAACCCUUAUGUUUGAGAAGACUGUCUGUUUGCUUUGAGUUGUGAUUUCAGUUCAAACCUCCUAACUCUUUAAGGUGCUAUAGAAAGUGUACCAAUUAUUGCAGCACCUAUAGCUAGAUAGUAAAUAAUGUUGAUAAACAUGAAAUCUCCAUGAGACUUGACCCAAUUCUUAAUUUAGUUCUUAACCCUUAUCUAUCUGUUUUCAGCACAUCAAUUGUAUGAUAAACAGAUUGAUAUUGAUAAAUGUAAGAUAUUUUAUCUCCUAAGAAUAAUUUUUGUAAGUUGAAUACAGUUCUCGAAAAAUCAAUUUUGUUUAAAUCUCUUGAUAGGAGUCGAAGAGUACUUAUUUUUUGGAUAGUGAAGUGUUGUCAUUGAAAAUUGUUCUGAAAAUCAUAAUGUUGUGAUAAUUUGUAAAUACUAAUGUUUAAGUGUAAAUAAAAUGACAAAGUUAAAUAUCGAA